AAAGAGCGGUGAAAAAAGCACCCAAAGAAAAAGAAAAAGGAACCGUAGUAAAAACGCAAAGUUCAACUACAUAUAUAUCCAAUCCCCUGUAAGCAAGCCAAAUUACACACACACAACAACAAUGAGGACAAGUUCAACUGAGGAGAUAGAUUAUGAUGAAACCAAAGCUGAUGACUACAGCAACAAUAUCGAUAAUUCAUGGAGCUCAUCAACCAACUGGACUAUCUCUCAUGGCACUCUAGAACAUUCUAUAACCUUCGAGUCCUCCGAUUCACCGAUCGAUUCUGAAUCUACGCAGAUAUCUCCGCCGCUUAUCCUUCACCAACCUUCAACGGAUUCCGCAAGUCCUUGCGAAAUCAAGUUAUGCUUUAUGCAAAAGCAUGAAAUCAGGCAGGUCUAUGUUCGGAGUACUGCUCGUGUUUAUGAGAUAUACUAUGCACAUACUCCGCAGAGCGACAAUGAGUAUCUAUGUACCGUCCGCUGUAGCAUAGCUGAAAGAGAUGGAGAAUUUCUCCAAGCUAAUGGGAUUGAAGUAGUUACCCCGCAAUAUUUGAAGGAUAAUGUAGGAAAAACAACUGAAGGUAGAGUCACAGGUGAAGCCAAACUUUGUGCCAGUGAAGAUGAUUGGGUUGCGAUUAAGGUUCCCGAAGGUAACAGGGUAAACUGCCUGCAAAAGCACACAACAGGGGAUGAACACAGAAGUAUUGAGGAAUUAUACGAGGCCACAGCACAAAUUGAUGAUGCGGAUCCCUGCAUGUCACUUACAAUUCGUUUUUUAUCACUUCAGAAUAAAAGUUCUGUAUGCAUUGAUGAAAUUUACAUAUUUGGUGACCCUAUUAACUCUGAUGAGGUGGAGGCCCCAGCAGUUCCUAUGCAAAACCAAGCUAGUUCUUUCAUGGCCAUGCUUGUUCCCACGCUUCUGCAACUAUCUAAAUCUGGCAUCAGCCAGAAGAAGCAGGACAAAGAUGUUUUUGAUAGUCAAAGAAAGGAAGAUGAAGUGGGAAUGGCACUGAGGACUUCUGAUUUUGCUGAUGCCAAGAAAAAAAAUGUAAAAGAGAAGAGUGUGAAUGCUGAACAUAUAGUGCAGUUGAAUGUUACUGACAAACCUGUAGCAGAACCCACUCAUUUGCACCCUCCAGCCCACCAGAACUUAAGUAGAGAGAACCACAAUAUCUCCACCACGAGUAAUGAUGCAUCAGAAGGCCGAAUUGUAGGAGCCAUUGAACAACUUCUUGACCGGGUGAGCAGAAUUGAAAAUAUUUGCUUGAGAUUUGAAGAAAAGAUGGUUAGUCCAAUGAAUAGCAUGGAGAUGAGACUUCAACAACUGGAGCAGCAAGUAGAAAUUCUAGCUAAAAACUCCCAAUAUUCUGUAGUGUCCGGCACAAGAAUAACAGCACCUUCAUUUACCUACAGUGAGUCGAAUUCUAGCUCUUUGUAUAAUGAUGGAAGUGAAUAUCGAUCUUGUGGGGCAUCAGAACUGGAGAAGAAGGAUCUCCCUUGCAAUAAGUUGUCUGAGCCGUCUGAUGACAUGCCUGUUUCUUCAAAUCCAUCACAUGCUCUUCCAAAUCUUGUGAUUUCUGCCCCCGAGUUUUCAUGUGGAGAGGAUGAAGAAGAAAAUGAUAUUGUUGAAUCUGCAAAGGUUUCUUCUCAAGAGAUGCAGAAGCAAGUUUUAUCUAUUGACGAUGCUUUAGCUGCAGCACUUUCUGGAUUUCUGUCCACUUCCCAUGUUCUUCCACCAGAUGACGGGACUUCGGAAGUUAUUGCUUCUGGAUCUACUACUAGUGAGGGAGCAAAUGAGAAGAAUGAGUUUUCACAACCUGCCCAAAGUGCUUCAGUUAUUGCUCGUGACUGUACUUUAGAGGGAAAUGAUAAUGUCAGACCUUCAAAGUAUACCCAAAUUCUUGCAGUUGCAGCUCCGGACUUUACUGAGGAGGAUGAUGAAUUUGAGAAUGGAAAUGUCAUCAUUGCUUCUUCUGCAACAGCUCCUGAACUUGCAAGUGAAGUAAAUGCAAGUAAUGAAAUAGCUUCUCCAAGCACCGGAGGUCAGGACUCCGGAGGUUUCGUAGAUCUUAACAAGAGCGAGAUCAUGGAUAAUGCAAGUUCAACUGUUGCUUCUGAGCCAUAUGCAGAGCAAGAAAAAUUUCUCCAUGACAAUGUGCACCUUAAAGAAACUUCUGGAGUAAUUGGUCCAAAAGAUCAUCUUUAUGCACAAGAAAGUAUCUGCAGAUCGCAGGAUGAUCCAACUGCUUGUCCUUCAGGUCAAGAUGAUAAGGUUGCAGAGACUAAUGUAAGAGAUUCUACCAAUAGGCCACAGAUGAAUUCUCAUAAUCUAGAAAAUGCUGCUGAAUCUGAAGAACACGAUACUUCAAAAGGUUCCAACGUGGACGUUAUGCAAAAUGUUCCUACUCUAGAUUUUGACAUUCCUAUCUUAGAAGUGAAGUUCACAGCCAAUGAAGACGGUGAUACAAAGUUCUCACUAGUAGAUCUUUUAGGUGACACGACUGAUGUUAAUGUUGAAGCUCAUUGUGUUGAUGAAAGCACUGAUGAUGUUGUCACUAGUGAGGGAACCGCAUUCACUGUUAUGGGUGAUGAUGGUAAACCUCUGGUGGAUUUUGGAAUUUAUGCUGCAGAUACAUUCACUAAUUUGGAAGAACACGAUAAUCCGAGUAUAUCCAGUCAGCAGGAGGUAUUCAUCGGUCUCAUCUGAGACUCCUACCUUUUGAUUUGAAGUGUAUAUAGAACUGGUUUAUCACUGAUUUUUCUCUUUUUAGUAUAGUAUUCAAGUUGAAUAUUAUUUUGUUUCCUCUAGUGUGUAUUAAGCUCAUAAAUCUCCGUAAUUCCUGACGAUUGCCAUAUCUUGUUCCUGCUUAA